AUGCCGGGCUACACUGUCCACACCUGGGAUGCCUCCAAGUCCAUCCCCGACCUCUCUGGCAAGGUCAUCAUCGUGACAGGCGGCAACGCCGGUUGCGGAAAAGCCACCGUGCUCGAGCUGUCUCGACACUCCCCCAGCAAGCUGUACAUGGCGGCGCGAUCUAGAGCCAAGUACGACGCCGCCAUGAAGGACAUCCUCGCCGCCAACCCCACCGCCAACGUCGACUUCCUCGAACUAGACCUCGGAAGCAUCGACAGCGUCAAGACAGCCGCGCAGACCUUCCUCGCCAAGGAAUCUCGCCUCGACAUCCUCAUCAACAACGCCGGCAUCCUCGGCCACCCCGCCGCCCUCACCCCCACCAACCACGAAAUCCACUUCGGGACCAACUACCUCGGCCACGCCGCCCUGACCACCCUCCUCCUCCCCCUCCUCCGCCGCACCGCCUCCUCCUCUUCCUCCCCACCGUCCUCCUCCCCCUCCGUGCGCGUCAUCCACAUCACCUCCGCCGCAGCCUUCACGCGCCCCCCCCUCACGCCCCGCACCAUAACCUGGGACUCGGAACGCAGCACGCGCCCGGACCUCAACGAAUUCCAGCGCUACGCCAUCAGCAAACUCGCGCAGAUCCUGUACGCCAAAGAGUGCGCGCUCCGGUACCCCGAAGUUUUGAGCGUGGCCGUGCAUCCCGGCAGGGUGGGCACGACGCUGCUGGACGGGUUCCUGGGCGGAGGCGGGAAGUGGAGUUUGAUGGGCGUGGUGCAGCGCGUGUAUGAUCGCGUGGCGGCCGUGUAUACGGCGGAGGAGGGGGCGAUGUCCGGGUUGUGGGCGGCGACGGCGCCGUCGGCGGCGGCGGGGGUGGAUCAAGAAGGGGUGGUUAAUGGGGGAUUGUUCGUGCCCGUGGGCGUCAAGGUGGAGGGGGAUGCGAAGUGUCAGAGUAAGGAGCUGGCGGCGGAGUUGUGGGAGUGGACGGAGAGGGAGCUUAAGGGGCUUGGUGUUGAGGCGUCAGUGCUGAAAUGA